CAACAAUGGUAAUAGAGGCAACAAAAAUUACCAAUACAACAAUAGGCCCUACAAUAACAACAAUAAUAACCGCAAUAACAAUAACUUUAAUAAUAACAACUUUAACCGUAACAGAGGUGGCUUUAACCAGAGUCACAACAGGAAUUUCCAGGAUAGACGAGGUUAUGGAAGGGACUUUGAUAGAUAUGAUAGGCCAGGUGGAGACAGGGAGAGGGAUAACCUCCAAGACCACAAAUUUAGGGAGUACAGAGCAGGUUUUCGUGACGAUAAUAGCUAUAAUCGAUCAUAUAAUCAUAGUAUGAGUCCUAGAUCAGUUGAAGAGCUCGAUAGUAGGCCUCCUGAACCUUCUACUAGCAAACGACCUUUGCCUGAUCAAGGUUCGCUCUUCUCUUCUAAUCGCAAUCAAGGCAAUCAGCGACAAAACAAACCUCUUUUCCCACAGUCUGAUAUCCCACAACGUUCGCCUAGACUCCACAACACGCCACCAAGAAGUCUAGCAUCAGAGCAGAUGGACGAAGAUAUCCCUAUCAAGCCAGGCUGGCAUGAUUUACCACCAUUUGACUUAAUCAAGGAAGAUGAAAGGUUAUUUGAAACACCCGACACCGUUACGGAAUUCUACGAUCGCAUUGGUCAAGUUGGUGAAGGUACAUAUGGUAAAGUCUACAAAGCGAAGAACAGAGUAUCAAAAUUACACGUUGCCCUCAAGAGAAUUAGAAUGGAGCAAGAGAAAGAUGGAUUCCCCGUCACUGCUCUCAGAGAAAUCAAGUUAUUACAGCAGUCUCAUCAUGAGAACAUUGUUAGAUUGCAUGAAAUGUUGGUCUCAAAAGGGUCGGUCUACAUGGUUUUCGAGUAUAUGGAAAAUGAUCUGACUGGUUUACUUCAACAUGGACCAGACCUCUUCCAAGCAAAUCACAAGAAGUCACUUUGUCAGCAGAUGUUAGCCGGUCUGUCGUAUCUCCAUCAUCGCGGGAUAUUACAUAGAGAUAUGAAAGGUUCAAACAUUCUGAUAUCCAAUCAAGGUGUCCUCAAAUUAGCUGACUUUGGAUUAGCACGCUUUUAUCAUAAGCAUCGCACAGCAGACUACACGAAUAGAGUCAUAGCGAUAUGGUAUAGACCGCCUGAACUACUGCUAGGCGCUACCAGCUAUGGUCCUGAAGUUGAUAUGUGGAGUGCGGGUUGUAUUAUGCUCGAGAUAUACACCACAAAGCCAGUGUUUCAAGGUGAUAAUGAGGUACACCAAUUAGAAAUCAUCUUCAAGAUGUUAGGUAUACCUUCACAUGAAGAUUGGCCGGGCCUGUCAAAUCUCCCGUGGUACGAACUUGUCAGACCUUCUGGUAAACCAUCUGCGGAACGGUUCAAAGAGACCUUUAGUAAAUGGUUGACACCAGCUGGUUUAGAACUUGCACAGGCUUUGUUAACAUUUAACCCGGAGAAGCGUAUCUCAGCGCAGGAUGCCCUUGAACUGCCAUUUUUCUCAUCGGAGGAACCAAGUCCAGCACUUCCUGAUCAUCUCGGUGAACUACAAGGUGAAUGGCACGAGUAUGAAGCCAAGAGGGAGAAAGCUCAAGCUAGGAAGAAGCAAAAGGAGGAGAAUGAAAGCAAGGAAGUUAAUUACAAUAAUAAUAGUGCAUAGUCUAAUUAAUUUAUUGUACAUUC